AUUAUGGGCGAUGUUUAUAGUUGGUCGUUGAGUCAGAAUUUGUUAUUGUCACGUUAAUUUAAUAAUGCAGCCAGUGGUACUGUGUUGCGGCAAUAAAACAGCCAAUUAUUUCAAAGCAAAUCAAAUUAAAGUAGUCGGGCAGUUGUCCUAAAAUUAAGAUGAUGAGUUCCAGAGAUUGUUAAAAUGCAAUAAAAUAUUUAGAUCCCAAGCUCGGACAUAUUGCAGGAAUGUUAUUUCACAGUAUUAUACAACAGUUCCCCACUCGAGCCAUCAGUGUUGUGAAAGUACCGGGCGAUUUGUGCCCCACGUUGAUUGCCGAGACGAGUCUCCUUGGCUAAGUUGUUGGUGAAAGCAAAUGCCUACUUCGAGCCGAGCGUAACGCCAAUGCAAAAUACGGGUGCCAAUCCGUUGGUAAGCGUAAAAAGGCGAAGGCGCGUUUAACCAUUACCGAAAUAGAACGUGUGGAGUUAGGGGCCAUCGUCAUAUAGUCCAGCAGCAAAAUCAAAGCGCGCUCAAUCGAAUAGAAUGGUUGUAGUACUCGACGGGACAGCCCGUAGCCCGUCGCAGUUUAACCUUGAAAUCUGCGAAGAAAGAACAAGUUAGCGAGAGGAAAUAGAGAGUGGGAGGAAGAAAAGAGGGGAAAGUAAAGGGAGAAAUUAAAGGCGAUCCACUAAACCCGACUUAUUUUGAGUAACUUGAGCAAAUUUUAGUCGGCUAGGGCGCGCUUACUCGAUUCCAUCAUCCAAUAUUCCAUCUGGACUCCGGGACUAUCUAAGUACUGACCGUUGUCGAGUUGCCGCCGUCGCGUUUUGAAGGCUCGUGGCUCGUUCUGUUCUAUUCGUUCACUUUUACUUUCAUUUGUUGGGCAACCGAAUCGAGCGCACUGUAAACCCGUGCCCCAAAAAUAUAUACAUAGACUCGACGCGAAGGCAGCGACGGAUUGUGUAGUGUUUGUGGAGCCAUGGCUCGGUGUUUAGGUGGUGUUCCUGGUGCUCACCCCCGCGGCUACCCUUUGGAUAACACUGUUCCGGGUACACUCAUUUAGGAUUAUUCUAUUUGCCGGUGGUCCUCUUCCUACAACGAAAUUCGCCAUGUACUCAGGAGAACAAGACUCUCACGGCCUAUUAACCCUCCAUUACGGCAAACAUCAUGCGACCAUAGUUGAUGAGAUCAAAACCUGUUUUGCUUCAGAGAACUACGCCGAUAUGACGUUCAUUUGCGAUGACAAAACCACCCUGAGCGCCCACAAAUUAAUCAUGGCGACUGCGAGCCCGUUAGUGCGCAGAAUCCUUGGCGAGAAUGUGCACGCCUACGGUCCUAGCGUCGUUUUGCUACCCGGAAUCAAGAGUAGCCAUUUAAAACACCUGCUGGAUUUUCUUUAUAAUGGACAGGCCUGCAUCAAGUCGAAUGAAUUGGAAAGCAUUCAAGAACUUUUCGAGCUGCUCCAAAUAAGGUCUGACGUAUGGCAGUCUUCGAGUUCCGAAGAGGCCAAAAGUCAAUCCGAUGAUGGUGGAAGCAGCUGGGAGCGUGAUCACGAGGCAUCCGACACCAUCCAGAUAAAACGAGAAACCGAUGACGAUGAUAAAGAAGAAGGCGAAAUCAAAGACGACGAUGACGAUCUUACGGAAGAAACGUCUUCGGAAAAUCCAAAUAAUGGAUCUCCUAAUCCUGUGAAUUUAUCUAUUAGUACUAAGAAUUUAGAAAAAGAUGAUGUAGUGCCAGAACCAGAAAAUAGUUUAGAGAGAGCCGAUCAAAAAAAUUCGGAUACAUUGAAGAUAGGUCAAACGUCUGUGAAGAUAGCGCCGAAAGUCCAUGAAUUUCACCAUCACCGCUUGAAGCGCAAAAGCAUGUACAUUGAACCGAUAGAUCUUAAACAUCAAGAAGAUUACUCCCAUAUUAAGCCGCCCAUAGCCGACCCCAAACUCAUAUCGCUGGUGCAAAGUCCAGACAAUUACGUGGUCACGCCCCAUCGAAAAAGGCGCCCCGGUUUCCAUAAUUCUCCUGCACAAAAUCCUCCAUUUGUACCAUUUUCGCCUUCUUAUAUCGAAGAUGCCGGUCAUCACACAACUCAUAGAUAUAAAAACCUUCCACCGUUAUUAGCAGCCCAUCACCCUUUAUCCUUAUCGGCGCCUCCAUUUUUAGUGGAUCGGACUCAUACUCCUACCCCUGGAGCUCAUCCGGAUACUUCUUCUGCUCCUGAAAAUGUUGUGGUAAAGUACAGGCCUCCAAGUGCAGAUCAAGGUCUGGUAUCUGAUGCGUAUCAGUCAUUUGAGCACCCUUGGGGUGCUUGGAGCUUAUGUCAGACGCAAGUAAAUCCUCCGUCUAGUAAUGAUGAACCACGUGAACCUCCUCCUGGAUAUUCUUCGAAUACUGUGGGGGAUGAUAUUUCGGAACCUUUACAACAAGCUACUGGAAGCAAACAGGCUCUACCAGCCGUUCAAGUGCGCGAGUAUAGGUGUGAAUAUUGUGGUAAACAGUUCGGAAUGUCUUGGAAUUUAAAAACUCAUUUGCGUGUUCACACGGGAGAGAAACCCUUUGCUUGUAGACUUUGCGUAGCUAUGUUCAAGCAAAAAGCGCAUUUACUGAAACACUUGUGUUCUGUACACAGAAACGUUAUUUCUUCGAAUGACGGUAACUCUGGACGAUUCAACUGUUGUUUCUGUCCGUUAUCAUUCGAGUCGCUACCCGAACUUAUUAGACAUUUGUCCGGACCCCACAAUAAUUUACUAUUAAGUAAAAAUAUGCACGAACUAAAAUAGAUUUCACAUUCCAUUUUAAGAUGGAGUCGUACGAUGAUGACAUAGAACGACUCGCAUCCAAUUUUUUUGUGAUAUGCUGGUGAGCAGAUCCUGUGUAGGUGUAGUCGGUUGCCUCAGGGACCAGAACCGUGCCUUCUGAUGAACAUUUCUGUUGUAGUAAACUAAAUAUAAAUAAUAUGAAUUACGUAUAUUUAAUUUAUUACAAAAGUUAUAAUUUAAUAAUUUAAAAAUAUUCUAACUUUUUUUUUAAAAUAAUUUUUGUGCUUUUGGGAACUAAAAAAGCCUUAUUAUUACUUACAUUGAAUUAACACUUCGUCUAUGCUGCAAGUAACAGAAAAUAAUUAGAAUGACAACAGAAAUACUUGUAUCGUAAUAGUGAUUUUUUGGUUCCCAACAAAUGUUAAUUAUAAUUAUUCUAUUUUUGGAUGGCUUCACUUACUUUACUAUACAAAUUAAAACAGAUUGUCAGUUACAACUGUUGAUAAUGUUAUACAGGGUAUUUCAAAAAUAAAAAUAAUAAUUUUUGUGAUCCUUUUUAAUUUUUUUAAAACUUCCAAUUGCUUUGAAAAUGGGCUUAUUUAAAUGUUACAAGAAUCAACUUAUUUGGUUCAGUAGUGGUGUCGUAGAAGCCAACUAAAAUAAUAUUUAUUGAAUAUAGAUUUAAGUCACCUCUUUUUUGAAAAGUUCAAUAUAUUUAUCGAAUAAAUAUAUUUAAAAUGCAAUUUUUGAUUCUUGAACUGUUUCUUGAUGUUUACUUUUGAAAUACUCUUUAUAUACUUUUUAAAUGAUUAGGCGUAAUUCCAACCAAUGUGUUCAAUUCGACUUUACGUACCUAAACUGCGCGUGGUGUGUAUGACAAGUGAUUUAAAAAUUUUCGGCUGGUCCGAUUCAUAGAGAACACUUUAUUUUGUGAAAUUAUUUCUAUUGUAAUCCAAUGUUAUAUACAUCACAAGUGGAUGAUUUAUUAUACAUUAACUAAGACUGCUUCGGAUUGUGCUGAUAGAUUUUUUAAUAGGUAACUAUCCUAUUAUAAAUGCAAAAAGUGACUACUUAGUCCUGUUUUUCGCUACAUUCUAAUCAUUGCUGAAAACGAAAUUUUUCUUUAAUUUUUUUUAAUGCAAAGUAUAAAGCUUACCGAUAAAAAAUACCUAUGUAGGUACCUAUUAUCAAAAGAAAACUAAAUAUUUUGGAUUGAAUAUUUUACUCCAAAGCAUUUUUAGUUGGUGUAUGUAAAAUUUUGUAUAUAACAAGCUUAUAGUUUUUACUACAAAACUGGAAUGUAGGAUCGUAUAUUUUUUUAAUAUACACACCAAAGAAAUAAAUUGUAAGAAUUACAAUAAAUCUUAUAUUUUUACUUAUUUAACUUAUACACUUCUUUUUUUUUUCUUUUCUGAAAAGCUCUCAGUUUAUUAUUUAUAGAUUGUGUUUCCGCAAAAAAAGUGAAUCGGAAAGCAAACAAACAAGCCUAAAUUAAUACAAUGCACAAACAAAACAACUUCCCUUUAAGAUCUCUGAGUUCCCAUUCAGAAAUAAUAAAUUCUCAAAAAAAUCUAAAAUUUGAAUGUAUUAAUAUUUUUUUUUAGUUAAUAAAAAUGAAAAAAAUAUUUGCGAGUCCAAUCCAGUAUUAUAAUUUAGAUACGUUUUUAAAAUUUGAUUAUUGUUCAUGUUCAAAAAUUAUUUUCAUUAUACAAUACAUAAGUGUAAAUCCUGGGAACUAGAAUAAAAUAGUAUAAAACUAGCACGUUUUUGUUUUUUUCAUUUAAAGCGUAUCUAAACAAACUAAGUUUUUACUAGAACAAGCCCACACUUGAUAAAGUUAUUGUUUUUUUAGAUGCGUGGCAAAAGAUUUUGUCAAAAGUGGUACAAACGUGGUAACUUAGUAUUCUUUUUAGCUUUGUAAAUAAGUUAGGUUGUGAAUAGUGUAAUUAUAAGACAAUAAAAUUACAGUUUUUUCUUGUCAUUUUAUUGAAUUCCCCAGUAGCUACCUAAUUCACGCCUUUGACUUUGAGUAAUUUUCGUUUAUUAUAGGGGAACGAUCCAAGUUUCUUAGGUGCACACAAUCUUUGACAACACUAUACACCAUGUGACCACUAGUCACAUUAUUAUUUUGUAUUAGAUUGAAACAUCCAAAUAUUAUUAUUCUUUAAAUUUGUGAACAAUUCUUGGUGGUUAUGGGGAGACCUAAGACCAAGAUCAUUCAUAUUUUUCCCCCUAGAUUCUAGAGAAGUUUAGAGAAAUCUGGCAAGAUCAGACAAUCAUUUCAUUAUGUGUAUUCUGUGCGUCAAAGUGUUUUCCCUAGAUUUGAGAAAUUUUUACAAUAUAUAGAAACUUCAAGAAAUAGACCAACGUCGCACUCUUACUAUCUUUGAUAUGGAACAUCCUCGAUGGGAAAAUCCUAUAUUCAAAUUUCAAAAUAGGCGUGUAUAAUUUUAUAUUAAAU